GUAUAAACAACCUCAACCCCUUAAAAAAAAGCCACAUAUCCAAUCAGAAUCAUAUGAAAAAAUAAAAAAGUAAGGGAGGGUGUGUGACAGACAGGUCGUUUCUCAGGUUUAUUUUUUCCUUUUGACAUGUCAGCGGCUAGCUUAAAUUUGGAAAUAUUACUUUGUAUAUUCUCUCAUGUGGACAAAAGCACGCUGGAACAAUGUGACAAAGUUUGUAAAAACUGGAAACAUGCAGCAUCCAAAAGCACACUACUGCAACAAGUGGAACUUGAUAUAACAAAUAUUCCAGAAAUGAAGACAAUUUUAAGUUUAGGGUCAACCAACCUCCUGAAAGAAUUGAGUCGUUAUUCUUUAAUAAAGAAACUCACCCUCCAUAAUGACAUGUACAAUCCCGAUUGCGUGAUUGCUCCGUUGCAGUUUGCAAAACUUUUAGGUUACCUACCCAAACUUCAAGUCUUGGAAUUGCGGACAAAGCAUUACGAAAAAUACAUGAAGGUCGUAUCAAGUUUAGACCCGGCAGUGUAUCUGAGGCACAUUCAAGAUAUUACACCUCCCGAGUUCUUUUCUUAUGCGAGAAUACACCCAUCCGAACAUCAUUUUCAAGCUUGUUACAGGUUUCGUGCCACUUUAACCAUUCUUCAUAUGGUGGGCUGGAUGAAACACACGCGUGUCACCAAAAUUGACUAUGAAAACACGUGGUUGCUUUUAAGCCAUUUUACAGCACUCCGGCAAUUACAUCUGCGUCAUCCUUUGGAUGAUACCCUGACCAUCGAGCGUCUUUUGGAGGCUUCCCCGAAUCUAAACUAUCUCUUCAUCGAUGUAAAUUUAGCUCAAAGUGGAUACCCUGUUGAAAAUAAUGUCGCUUCCGAUGAUGUCCUCGCGCAGAACAAACCCAAGAACACCACCUUGACAAAAUUAUUUUUGAUGAUGCCUUCAGUAUCAAGGUCAGAUAUCACUUACAUCAAUGACCGUGUAUCCGAUCAAUUACAAGACAUCGUGAUGUUUUUUAAUACGGAUUUAAACGAAUGGAUAGAAUCAGUUGGUAUGGACAAUGCAGUAAAGCUGGCAAAACGCGCGAGUCAUAUAGACAAUGUUUCCAUCACGUUCAAGAAAAAAGAUUUCUGUCAUGGUGGUAACCGAUCCAAAACAAAUGUGUCGAAUAUGACGAAUUAUUUCAAGUUGUUCAACGUAUUUCGAGUGCAGAUCCCAACGUGUGACGCCAAUUUUGGCAAUACAAGUGCUUUACAAGAUCGUCACCUUUUCGAAUAUGCUCUACAAAAAUGUGAUUACUAUCGAGAAACUGAGGAUGGAGAACAUGUGAUUGAAAUUGCGUUACCGGAUAUCAGUACGUCCAUCAUUGGACCCGAAAUCUUUAAAAGUUUGAGAGUAGAGAUAUGUGAGCCUGAUGAAGCAUUAGUAGCCAAAUUCUUACAGUAUGCAAUGACGCAUUGUCCCGCACUGGAAAAAUAUGAUUAUAAUAAUUUCAUCUACUCGAAUGAAAGUAUUCGAAUCCAACUUCGUAGCAACCAGGAUGCUCGAGCGAUGUCUUCGAACAAUAUCAGUGUCAAACGUAGGAUGACCAUGCUAGUCACCGGAAGUGGUGUUCCAUCUAAAUCGGUCAUGGAUGAAAUAGCUUCUCAUGCGCCACUUAUUGAAAUGUAUUCUGUCAAUCAUAUCUCUCACACAUGGGUCAGUGAGCUCAAUCAUCCCAUCGAUAUAACAGGGUUCAUACAUUUGACUCGAUUCUAUCUGGACCUGGGUCGAUUUUUCUCUCGCGUUUGUAUAAAGUUUGCCGAUAGUGGAAAUGAAAGUUACUAUGAAUUUGACAGUGACGAUCAUCGAUUUUACGAGAUACUGUCGAUCAAAGAUGAGUAUGAAGAAUCAAAAAAUAUCAGAGGUCAAUGUGAGAGACAGGAAAGAAAAUUUAUGGCUACGAUCAUUUGUAACCAGAAUACAACACUGGUUUUCCGUUACGGCGAAAGUUCCAUCGUAGGGGAAGUGAAAGAGGGUCAACUUUGUGAUUAUGUCAGUUCGAGUCCUCAAUUGAAGAGCAAGUGCUACCUGUUGGAGAAAGUAGUUUAUACCUAGGACGGGAAUAAUGAUUUUUUUUUUCUUCAA